GUUCUUGUUAUUUGCUGCUACCAUUGCAUCGCAGGGAACCCUGCUUGCUGGCUACCCAGCUGGUGGAUAUGUUGACUGCGCUCUGAGCUUGUUCUUCGGUAGCGCUGCUACCCAUAAUGCUGGAUAGCACGCGUCUGGUAUUAAAUAAGAGGAGAUCCGUGCCGCGGUCCAGCCCCACACGGGCGAUCCUGCAGCUGGUUUUCAUAGUCAGCAGCGGCGGAUUCCUGCUGCAGCUGGUCCGCGCCGAUCGUGAACCGCUGCGGUCGUCCUCCUCCAAUUAUUUGCCGCGCACCCGGCCGGACUUUGAUCUCCACGACAUUCCCUGCGAUCUCAGCCGGCCGGACACGCCCUGCACGCUGCCGGGCAAAGCCUACCCCUGGCUGGCCAUCAACAGUUACAUGGAGGACAACAAGGCGCUAAUCAAGCGCAUGUACGGCGACCACGAUGCCGGCAAGCAGGCGCGCCUGCGCGCACAGGGCCCCAUGAGCCGGCAAGGACGCCUCGAGAAGGACAAGCCGGACGGCUUCGUGAAUGCGUGCCCGUCGGAGCAGUUCGUGGUGACGCCGUUCUGGGCCAACAACAGCGCCGGAACCACGCUGGCCCUCGUGAAUUUCCAGCCCUUCGAGCAAGCGGUACAACAGGAAGUCUGCAAACCGGGCACUUCCGGACGCUGUCGCGACGGUUGUCGGUGCGAACAGAAAUACUCAUGGUACCGGCUGCUGGCUUUCGAUCCCCGCAACGAAUGCCGCGGCAUUUUUAUGGACUGGUUCCAGUUCCCGUCGUGCUGCGCCUGCCACUGCUACGAACUGGACCCGUCCACCAACGCCGAGUCCCAUCCCGACCUGCCCCUCCCCAAAAUGGUCACCCCCACCAGCCCCGCCCCCGUGGCCACCUCCACCCCCUCCAACAGCACCCCGGAGACGGACUUUGACUACGAAAACGACACGGAGCCAUCCGUUACCCUCCUCACCUCGCUCCCGACUACCCCACCCACCUCCACGCUCGCCACGACCACCACCGUGACCGCCACGACAAAGGUCACGACCACCGCCACAAACACCACCACCUCCGCAACCCCACCACCGGCCCUGACCUCCCCGGCCCCCGGGCACGCCGCCGGGGUCCUCAAGUUCCCCUAUCCGCCCUCCAACCGCACCGACUACAUCGCCGCGUUGGGCAGACCGUUGUCAAACAACGCCACGGCUUUCCGACGCCGGUUGGUGGGUCGGCCGACGACCACGCCACUUCCGGCCCUUCCCCAGGCCACCGCGGACCUCGGAGGUGCGAGCAACACCACGACGCCGUCGUCGACCACCUCCGGUUUCGUGUCGACCACCUCCGAGGGCGCCGAGAAUGUCAUCCCAUCCGGGCGCGACACCUACCUGCAACUGUGGAAGAGUGUCGAUCCGGCGAAGCGAAAAAAUCGCGUUCCUCGAAUCUAA